ACAAUAAUCCUCCUUCCGGCGUGGCAAUGACCUUACCACCGACCACCGUUGACACAUUUUUCCAAAAGGCGUGCCAUUCGAAGCGGAUUGGCAGACGGAGCAUAUCUCGAAACGGCGAAAGUGGUCGAUCGUCCGUAAAAUAAUAAUCUCGCAAUUUCAUAGUAAUCACCGUGAUAGAGGGCGGAAUAUAAACGAGGAGCGUCCUACGCGAUGCCAAACGAAAUUGAACCGCUGAUCCCGACGCUUCGUUUUCUUUCUCACUCCUCGACCAUGAUAACGAAAAAAUGGCAACACCUCAACUACCUGUGCCUCCUUCUGCUGAACCAAGCGACGAUAUACGGGGUAACUUCGAAACACCUCCACCUGAAGAUCCUCGUGCCGGAUGUGAUCAACCACCACACGCACACGAGGACGGUGCUGCUCCACGUCCGCGUGCCGCCCAAGAGGCCGAGAACGUACAAGAAGCACGAGUACAGUUGGGGCUCGAAUUGGAGCCGUGGCCGUUAUCACAACCACAGGGACGAGUACGGGGAUCACGAGCUCGACCACGAGAAUUAUCAGGACGAGAAAUCGGGAAACGAUUCGCCACGCAAGGAGGACGAUCGAAAAAGGCAAAAGUACUUCCCCGUGUACGAUUAUCACAAGGAGUAUCCCUCGUCUUACGACGGGGAAGGAGGCAACGAUUUGGAGGAGAGGGGACGCGACAGUUACGCGGUGCACGAGGACGUGAACGAUACGCCGCCCAACACGGAGACGGUGUCGUUUAAUUACGAGGAGGGGUACAGGAAGGGGGGGGAGGUGGAGAGCGGGCGGAUUCGGGCGGAUCAGACGCACAAGUUUCACGAGGAUCGUCGCGAGGAGCAGGGAGACGCGGAGAGCGACGGUUUCAAGGACGAGUUUGAAACGAAAACGCACGCUGGAAGGUAUUUGGUCGACGACGUGGAGUACGAGAAUACUAGGGAUAAACGUCAUCAUCAUGGCAAAAGAGGAAGAAAGAGAAUUAGAAGCGUGGAGGAGAAUUAGAAAUAAGAUUAAAGUAAAGUUUCUUUCCGUCGAGUUCUGUCGAGUUUUGAUCAAUUUUUUAUUGAUUUUAUUGGUUAAGCUAAUUAUAAUAUUAUUAUAAAUAAGAUUAAAGUAAAGUUUCUUUCUGUCAA